CCCCCGCCCGCUGGCUCGCCCGCCCCGGCCGCGUCGGAGGGCCGGCAGCGGGGCUGGAUGUGCCCGGCUCCCCCCGCGCUGAGGCGGGCAGCGAUGCAGAAGGCAGGCGGCAGCUUCGCCUCCGCCGAGAGACACCCGCUCAAGAUGGCAGAUGUGUGUUGAGUUUGGGGGGCUGCGAUCUCGCGUCGUUCGUGGCGGCGUUGCCAUGAAUAACUGGCGUCCUUGCACCGAUGGCCCCCAUGUACGAAGGUAUGGCCUCGCAUGUGCAAGUUUUCUCUCCUCACACCCUUCAGUCAAGUGCCUUCUGUAGCGUGAAGAAACUGAAAGUGGAGCCAAGUUCGAACUGGGAUAUGACUGGGUACGGCACACACAGCAAAGUCUACAGCCAGAGCAAGAACGUGCAGUCCUCCCAAGCAGCCGCCGCAGCAGCCGUCAACGCCUCCCUCCAGAUCCCAAAUCCAAGCAUCCCUUACGAACAGACCAUCAUCUUCCCAGCAAGCACAGGGCACAUUGUGGUGACAUCCGCCAACAGCACUUCUGGUGUAGUUGCAGUGUCUGGGCAAACACUGGGCGGGCCACAUAACCUGAUGCGUCGUAGCACUGUGAGCCUUCUGGACACCUACCAAAAAUGUGGACUUAAGCGCAAGAGUGAGGAGAUUGAGAACACAAGCAGCGUGCAGAUCAUCGAAGAGCAUCCACCAAUGAUUCAGAACAAUGCCAGUGGGGCCACUGUAGCCACUGCCACCACCUCCACGGCCACCUCCAAAAACAGUGGCUCCAACAGCGAAGGGGAUUACCAGCUGGUGCAACAUGAGGUGCUCUGUUCCAUGACCAACACGUAUGAAGUUUUAGAGUUUCUUGGCCGUGGAACCUUCGGACAAGUAGUCAAAUGCUGGAAACGUGGCACUAAUGAGAUUGUGGCCAUCAAGAUCCUAAAGAACCACCCUUCCUAUGCUCGGCAAGGCCAGAUCGAAGUGAGCAUCCUGGCUCGUCUGAGCACAGAAAGCGCAGAUGACUACAACUUUGUCCGUGCGUACGAGUGCUUCCAGCACAAGAACCACACGUGCUUGGUGUUUGAAAUGUUGGAGCAGAACCUCUAUGAUUUCCUAAAACAAAACAAAUUCAGUCCCUUGCCCCUUAAGUACAUUCGACCAAUUCUCCAGCAGGUAGCAACUGCCCUAAUGAAGCUGAAAAGCCUGGGACUGAUUCAUGCUGAUCUCAAACCAGAGAACAUCAUGUUGGUAGACCCAUCCCGACAGCCAUAUAGGGUCAAGGUCAUAGACUUUGGUUCAGCUAGCCAUGUGUCUAAAGCUGUAUGUUCUACCUACCUUCAAUCCAGAUAUUACAGAGCCCCUGAAAUCAUCCUUGGUUUACCAUUUUGUGAAGCAAUCGAUAUGUGGUCGUUGGGAUGUGUCAUCGCAGAGCUGUUCUUGGGCUGGCCGUUGUACCCGGGAGCUUCAGAGUAUGAUCAGAUUCGCUAUAUUUCACAGACGCAGGGCUUGCCAGCAGAGUAUUUGUUAAGUGCAGGGACAAAGACUACGAGGUUUUUCAACAGGGAUACAGACUCACCAUAUCCUUUGUGGAGGCUAAAGACACCGGAUGAUCAUGAGGCAGAGACGGGGAUUAAGUCGAAAGAAGCACGGAAGUAUAUUUUCAACUGUUUGGAUGAUAUGGCACAGGUGAACAUGACAACAGAUUUGGAAGGGAGCGAUAUGUUGGUAGAGAAGGCGGACCGGCGGGAGUUCAUAGAUCUGUUAAAGAAGAUGUUGACGAUAGAUGCAGACAAGAGGAUAACACCCAUUGAAACUCUGAACCACCCUUUUGUCACCAUGACACACUUGCUCGAUUUCCCUCACAGCACACAUGUCAAGUCCUGCUUCCAGAACAUGGAGAUUUGCAAGCGACGGGUGAAUAUGUAUGACACAGUGAACCAGAGCAAGACACCAUUCAUCACCCAUGUAGCCCCAAGUACAUCGACCAACUUGACCAUGACUUUUAACAACCAGCUGAACACAGUCCAUAACCAGACCACCAACCUGGCUCCCACCUCCUCCAGUGCCACUAUUUCCUUAGCCAACCCUGAGGUCUCCAUACUAAAUUACCAAUCUGCACUCUACCAGCCCUCAGCGGCGUCCAUGGCUGCGGUGGCCCAGCGGAGCAUGCCCCUGCAGACAGGAACAGCGCAGAUCUGUGCCCGGCCUGACCCCUUCCAGCAAGCUCUCAUUGUCUGCCCUCCAGGCUUCCAAGGGUUGCAAGCCUCCCCUUCAAAGCAUGCUGGGUAUUCAGUUCGGAUGGAGAAUGCCGUUCCUAUUGUCACUCAGGCUCCUGGGGCUCAGCCUCUUCAAAUCCAGCCAGGACUCCUCGCACAGCAAGCAUGGCCUAGCGGUACUCAGCAGAUCCUGCUCCCUCCUGCCUGGCAGCAGCUGACUGGGGUAGCCACCCACACUUCUGUACAGCAUGCAACCGUCAUCCCAGAGUCCAUGGCAGGCACCCAACCGCUGGCAGACUGGAGGAACACCCACGCGCACGGCAGCCACUACAACCCCAUCAUGCAGCAGCCCGCGCUCCUGGCCAGCCACGUCACGCUCCCCGCAGCCCAGCCUGUCAACGUGGGUGUCGCUCACGUCAUGCGCCAGCCACCUGCCACCACCUCCACCAGGAAGAGUAAGCAGCACCAGUCAGCAGCUCGAAAUGCAUCCACCUAUGAAGUGUCGUCCUCUCAGUCCAUCAGCUCGCCUCAGCGGUCUAAACGAGUGAAGGAGAACACCCCACCCCGCUGUGCCAUGGUGCACAACAGCCCUGCCUGCAGCACCUCUGUCACAUGCAGCUGGGGCGAUGUGGCGACCAGCACCACGCGGGAGCGGCAGCGGCAAACAAUAAUCAUUCCCGACACCCCGAGCCCCGCAGUGAGUGUCAUCACUAUCAGCAGCGAUACGGAUGAAGAGGAGGAGCAGAAGCAUGCACCCACCAGCACCUUGUCCAAGCAGAGGAAGAACGUCAUCAGCUGUGUCACCGUGCAUGACUCUCCCUACUCCGAUUCCUCCAGCAACAACAGCCCUUAUGCCGUGCAGCAUCGUGCAGGGCAGAAUAACGGGAACACCUAUGACACCAAAGGGGUUCCAGAGACUCACUGCAGUGGGAACCCCCGAACGAUCAUCGUGCCACCACUGAAAACCCAGGCCAGUGAGGUGUUGGUAGAGUGCGAUAGCCUGGCUCCAGUCACCACCAGUCACCACUCAUCCUCCUACAAGUCCAAGUCCUCCAGCACCGUGACCUCCACCAGCGGUCACUCUUCAGGGAGCUCGUCUGGAGCCGUUGCCUAUAGGCAGCAGCGACCAGGAGCACAUUUCCAGCAGCAGCAACCUCUUAAUCUAAGUCAGGCCCAGCAGCACAUCACGACUGAUCGCACAGGAAGUCACCGGAGACAGCAAGCCUACAUCACUCCAACGAUAGCUCAGGCCCCGUACUCUUUCCCACACAAUAGUCCCAGCCAUGGUACAGUUCAUCCUCACUUGGCUGCGGCUGCUGCUGCUCACCUGCCCACCCAACCCCACCUCUACACAUACACUGCCCCUGCCGCCCUGGGCUCCACGGGCACCGUCGCGCACCUGGUGGCCUCCCAAGGGUCUGCACGGCACGCUGUGCAGCACACCACCUACCCUGCCAGCAUCGUCCACCAGGUCCCUGUCAGCAUGGGCCCUCGGGUUCUGCCCUCACCCACCAUCCACCCCAGUCAGUACCAGGCUCAGUUUGCCCAUCAGACCUAUAUCAGUGCUUCUCCAGCCUCCACAGUCUACACUGGAUACCCACUGAGCCCCACCAAGGUCAACCAGUACCCUUACAUCUAAACACUGGAAUAAGGAGCAAGGGAUGCACCCAUCCCAGGGGAGAGAGCCGGCCGCUUUUGUACUGAAGAACAUGACAAACAAUGCAAUGGGAGACUCGUGUGAAACUUGAAUGAAGGAGACUUUAAGGAAGAAACAAAAAAAGAGGAAAGAAGGGAGAGAACCAAUUCUACACUUUUUAUUUAAAAAAAAAAAAAAAGAAAAUUGAAAAAAAAAAGAACAGAAAAAAACAACAAACAAACCAAACACAAAACCCAACCAUUCUGCACCAAACUAGAGAGAGAAGCAGAAGGACCCUCCAGUGGGGUCUUUGAAGAACUUCACCAACAGACUUUCAAAGGUUAUUUUCAUCCAAUAGUGAGCUACAUUUAGAAAUUUGUUGUCCAGAACACCUAAAAUUAAAUCCAUUAGGUUUUUUAUCCAAUAGGUAUAAGGAUUAGGAAUUUAUCCAGCAUUUCAAAGGGUUAAUACCCCAUCUUUGCAGUGGUCUUUGUGUUCCAAAGCAUACCUGAGGUUUUGGGAUAUUCUUUUCUGGAAAUAUAAAGUAGGUAAGGGAGACGGAGGGGGGAGAAAAUGUGGUCCCAGUGCUCUAAAUUUGGAUCUGGCACUGCCGCCCUUAAACAGCCCUGUGCAAACAGCCCUGCGCGAAACAGGCCAUGCAGCACUGGUUGAGAGCAGAAGCAAUGAGAAUGUUUCUCCCUUUCCUUGAACAUGCUGGAUAAAUCCCUGAGAAAUGCUGUUCCUAAACAAGAUCUCUAAUAAUGUAUGUUGGGUUUCAGUUGUGUUUCAUUUUAUUCUAUUUGGACAUUUUCCUUCUCGAUCCCUAUCCAUUUUAGUAGAGGAUGAGACAUUCUAGCUGCCCCUCCCCACCCCAGCCCCGGUAGAAUGUAGCACUAUACAGGUCAUAAGCCCUUUUUACUGUUUUGUGUUGAACUUCAACGAUACCAAUAGACUAUUCCUCAAUGUGAUUGCACAAAGAAAAGUGAUAUAACAUAGGCAUGUAACAAACGUGAUUGUCCAGGUAUGUGCGUGUGCGUGUGCGUGUGUGCGUGCGUGUGUGUGCAGAUGCUGCCUUCUCUCUGUGGUGUGUUCCUCGGCACAGCCAUUACAACUGUCACAGUCUUAGUUUUACAUCAUUCCCUCGUAGUGCCUUACCAAACUACAGACGCGGUUUAAGGGUUUACUUCCACUGGUACUCCUAGAAACUGACUGAGGCUGGUCGGAAUUUACUCUCGGCUCUUUUUUUGUUUGGUGGUUUGUUUUUUUUGGGGGGGGAGGUGUUAUUCUUGCCAAUUUUCUUCUUCUGCUGGUGAUGUUGUUUUGGUUUUUUGCCCACAUGGUGAUUCUUAACUCGAUGAGGCAUUGGGGAGGCUUGUCAAGGUUGGAAGUGAGCAUAGCUGGGUGUUUUGUCAAGCACUGAAUGGGCUGGAAGUGACUGGGUCCGUUGUGAGACCCAGGGUGACACCCAGAGUGUCUGGGGAUUUGUCUAUGGACUGAUCUGUUUCUGUCCUGUUGAAACUGCAGUUUUCCUCCCUGGAAAAUGGAUUUUCAUUCUGCUCUUUGCCGGUGUUCUUGGUGGAGUGGGAGGACAGCGUCCACCUGUGCUGUCAGAUUGUCUGGCUUGUCUGGGUUGUUCUGGAAACAGAAUUUUAGCCCAUGAAAGGAGGAAGUACUGGAUGUUGGCAACAUCUCUCACUACAUCUGUUGAUGGGAGGGGGUCGCGAGAGGGCUGUAGUCCCAAAGCAGCAUGAGAAGAUCUAGUUGAGCCAGACUCAUGUUUCUUAAGUGAGAAGAACUGUAAUACACGGAGCAUUACCCACUCUAACAUAGCUGUGACAGUGUGUGCUUCUGCUCCACCCUCCUCAUCUACACCCUGAAAGAUUGCCUGCAGCAGUAGAGUGGCCCUAGAGCCAGAGAGCACAGUGGUAUAGUGGGUCCUCCAAGCCAAGGAAUGCUACAUGGUCAUCUUAUUUUCCAACAGGUUUCCAAAGAGAGCUUUCCUAGAGUUGGGUUUGGUUCAGAGGGAAGUUUAACUGGUAAUGGCACUUAGACUGUACCUCAGUAUUUGUAAGUGUCUUGAGAGUACCAAGAUCCGUAGAUAUCCUGGGGAGGAAGGAGGGAAGGAGAGAAGAGAGUUUCAUAGAAUGUUCCCAUGAUUCCAUGAAAGCUGAAGUCUACAUGACUGCUUGGUUCUACCCUACAUUUCCCUGUAAUUAGAGCAUGAAGUAUAUGAGUAUUUCACAAAGUGCUGGAAAAGAGCAGGUUCAUCAGCAGGGUGGUGAGGGAUGGGUUCCCUGGGUGGCAGUGAGGAAAGAGGCUCUCUAAGGUGGGAAAAUCAGAUGGAAAGACAAGCACAAGUAUAUUGUGUAGUGCUAAGUGCUUGGCUGGCCUGAGAGAAGAAGAGAUCCCAAUAUGCAUAGGCUGUUCAUCAAGGCUGCUGUCUUCUGGUAAACCACCAAAUAACCUUCCUGGUUGCCAGCUCUGGUUCCUGGGCUACCUUUGCACAGUUUUUUUUUCUCCUGCCCGUCCUUCAUUCCAGCACAGUAUACUGUAGAUGAGGAUGUGAUCUCGCAGCAGCCUAUGCACCUUACCCUCUUCCUUUGGAAAGACAAGAGGUUUCCUUUCAUCUGAGGCAGGAACAUAAAACCCUGCUCUCUCUCUUGCAUUCCUCUCUUCUCCCACCAAUUUGGGAGUGAGAGCAUCAUGCUGCUUGUGUCAUGAAAAGGAAAGAUGAUAAUAUGUUAUUUUAUUGUAUGGUUAUGAUUAUUAUUAUAUUUUAGUCUGGAUUUUAAUUGCACACACAUUCCUUAAUCUUUGUGAGGGGUUUUUGUUGGGUUAGGUUUUUUCAAGCUUAGUAUUGUCAUUAUUGUUGUUGAUCUUAUUUCUGUUCAUCAGUGUCAUCAGAAGGGCUACUGUGUUUCUGAAAACUGCAGGAGAAAGGCGAAACAAGAUUAUCCCAGGAAUGAAAACUCUGCCACUAACCUAGGGAGAAUGGGACUCUGUGAGGGUGGCUACAGUCUUGAGGGACAGGAGUUAUCCUCUGACUCACAUCUGCAUUUCAGAAUAAGUUCAGAAACUUUAAUUUGGAGGCCAAAACCAAACAGCAGCUAAUGUAAUGAUCUAUCAGGACAGCUAGAUCAAAGGCAAGCAAGGCUCUUGGUGCCCUAGAAUCCAGCUCACCAUCACUUUGAUAGGGUUUUUAUAUGAGAUCAAGACCUAUUUGUGCUCCAGGCCAUGACCAUUGGGCUCUUUCGAUGAACCCGAGGUCAUGCUAUAUGUUCAGGGUUUGGUUUAGCUAAAGGAGAAAGCAGAUGGAUGGCUUUCCAGAAACAGGGCUAUCAGAGAAGCCCUGGCGGAGAUGUGAGUGUGGCUCUCAGUCCCAUCACUGGAUAUAGGACACUGAAGGAAGGGUGUUAGCUGAGUGAAGCAUGGCUGCAGACAGGGCAGGGUUCCUUGCCUGCUCUUCUACUCACACUGAAGAUUAAUCAGGUGUCUGCAGGGCUAGAAUGCUUGGUUUACUUUUUUUUUUUUUUGGUGGGUGUGUGUGUGUCCCUGAUGUAGAUUUUUCAUUCAUUUAUAAUCAUUUGUUGUGGAAUUUUACUAAGCUAUUCUGGUUGCUAGAGUUUAAAUAUUUAAGUUUUCAUUUGCAUUGCCUACUCUGUUAGAAUAGGGGGAAGCAGUGACUGAAUUUAAACUCCAUUAAGAAAUGAUAGAACUUGAGCAGAGACUUAAAGGUAAUCAUGCAUUUGAGUGCUGGAGAACAGACUUAAACCCUUCCAGUUAAUUACUUGUUUAUGCACACCUCUGGCCCAGGACUGGUGAAGUGUGGAAGGUUGCAAUCUCAAUCACAGUAACGUUUUUACUUGUAUUAAUUGCAUUUUCCCUGUGUACCCAUCUGACCUGCUCUCCCACACAGGCUUACGUCUGAUUCUGGGGGAGCUGUUACAACAGAAGUAGCAGGAAGAAGGGGGUGCAGUGCAUAUCAGAAGAGCCACCUCUCACGUUGUCCGUCCUGGAGUUGCUGAUCUGCCAGCUGUAGAUAGUCAAAUGAUUGUGGUAAUGGACACUGUGAUUGUGAGAGAUGAUUAGCACAGCCAUCAAAUUGCUUUGAUGGUGCAACACUGCAUGAGAGCUGUGGUUUCUGGUGGGUAUGGGGGAGCUGGUCGACACCUCCUCCCUCAUCCUUGUAUAAAGGCAUAGUAUGGAAAAAGGUGUGGUGUGGUUUGUCACAGAGGAAACACUCAUUUCAUCAUAGGAAGCAAAAGAUUUGCAUGCUGUCAGUGCUACAGCCAGUUUUGAUUUACUUGCAAAGUCCUUUGGAGAUGAAGUGGGGUUGAUGUGGUUGGGUUGGAGUUCUUCGUGUGCAUGGGGUAAAUUGCAUGGAAACUUGAGAGGGAAGGUGAAUGUUUAGAUACUGGAAGUUUUAUGGGCGGCUUAUGGCUGGUGCAGUGAAACAGUGAUCCCUUUCCCCAUCAUCUCGUCCUGCAUUCUGUGUAUGUGGGAAACAAAAGGAACCAUGGAUACUACCAAGCCUCACAGGCAGAUGUUCAAAUUCCUGCUGUGAAACUAGAAUGCAGGAGAGAGGGGAGAGAACCAUGAGCAGAAUGGAAAACCCAGUAGAUGCACCUCUCACUACAGACUGGGACAAAUCCAGUUGUUUCAGCAAGAAAACACAAUUGCAUCUUCCUUGGCAGAGUUGUACCCACUUGUGACCAACAAAUUGGGCUUUGGCAGGUCUCUUUCUUUCUGUCUUUCUCAUUUUCAGUGGUUUUGUUGUAAUAGGUAAAGCACUUCAAGAAAGGGAUGAUUCUGUCUGUGACAAUUUUGCUUUUUUAUAAUUUCAAGGAAUUGUUUCUUCUAAAUUUGGGUUGAAGGUUUCAAAAUGUGAGUAAUAAACCUGUUUUCUUCUUUAACCAAAGACACUUUUAUUUGGAGCGAGAAAGAGACACACAGCCACUCCAGAAAUGAAACAAAGCCAUGAGUCAUGACUGCCAGGCAAUGGGGAUACACUGUGGAACUCCAUCUUUCCUUUCUCUUCUUUUUCUGCUUCUCUCUCAGAUUUCUGUUAUCAUUCCUAGUAGCUAGAUUGAUGAGCAGAGAAAUUCUCACUAAAUAUUGCUGCUAAUGUAAAUGGUAGGGGAUGGUGAAAACUUUUCUUUCAUUAGGGUUCACAUUGAUUAAAGUGCUUCGGUGAUGACAAUGCAGCGUGGAAUUGGUGAGGUGCAUAGUGGGGACAAGAUUCCAGAUGCGCUGCAUCUUUCUGUAGUGUCUCCUUCUCUGGAUUUAGGAUGCUGGCUUUAUUCUGUGGGUCAGACCCCAAACAGUGCUGCCGUGGUCAAGUCAGGUACAGCUGGCCAAGGCUAUUGGACUUAAGUAUGUAUUUUCCCAUGGCUUGGCAAUCAGCCCAUCAGAGAUCUGCAGUGCUGCCUGUGGGCCAAAUCCUAGAUACUUCCAGGCAAGGUCUGCAGAAAUAAUCUUUGUUGAGGGUAGGAAACACAGAAGGUAAAAAUGUGGGAAGGGAAUUAUUUCUGCCAUCCUGCUGACAAAGCUGUAACUGCUGUGGUCCUAUUUGCUGUGAGAGCUUCAAAGCAGUUGAUCUGCAGUCCUGGGCACUCAUCCAUGUCACCCCCCUCCCCCAUCCCUGAGUCUUGCUGACAUUCCUUUGAGGUGGGCCUGUGUCCAAAGCACAUAGAGUCCUCGGCUUACUUCGUGUGGCCCACCUGUGUGCCUACAAAUCAUUUUGCUCCUUCUGUACUCAAGGGGAAGAUGAGUCUGUGUUACUGAGGUUCCCCCACUGCUGAACUCCAGAAAAGCUGCCUAUGUGAAUGGGGAGAAUUUUCCCCUCUGCUGCAGAUGUUGAGUGAGGUCAUGUUAUAGUGGUGCUCGAAGUGAUGGUGGCAGUGCUGUUGUAAAUGGGUGCAUGUAUGCUCCUUGCUGGAGUGCUGCACUGGACAGGAGGCAUUGGGUUCUCCAGGCUACUCCUUGUCCCCGUGGUCCAUCCUUCCCACCAUUUAGGAAUGCCACUACUUGUGAGGGACACUGUGUCCUCACCUCCCACCCUACGCAUGCAGUGAGAUGGUGGCCCCUUGCAGUAAGUCUGGGCACUGUGCAGAGGAGCACUGCUAACUGAGGGCUCUGCACUGGAGGUGUCUUUUUCCCCUGUGACAAACAUAAUGGCCAGGAGUGACCUCAGAGGUAGUAGUUCCCUGUGAAGAGCUGCUGAUGCAGGUGGAGGUGUGAGAAACAGACUGGAGCUAAGAUGCACUGAGCUCUGUGGAUGUGAGAUGCUUUCAGUGGGCAUUUGCCACGUGUCGGGGUGAGACUGGAGUGGUCGAUUGGCUUGGCUCUUCAGAAGUCCUGUGAAGCAUGCUAGGAGCCUUUGUGGCCAGCGUUCAUGGUUCGAAACUCCUGUUCCUCAUUUACGGGUUAGCUUUGUCCUUCCAGUUUUAGCAGUGCUGCUAUAACAGACUAUUCAUGUGUGUUUGAAGAGAACGUUUUUGUUUUGAAUCGUUUGCUUACCAUAGUUAAUCUAAGAAAGGCAAUACUAAAGGUAUAUUUUUUUCCAAAAAAUGAUAUUUUGUACUGCACUGAUAAAUAUUGUGACAUCUCUGUUCUUAACUCUUUUUGCUGUGAGGGGAACUGUGUGCAGAUUCACACAAACCUUGUAAAUACUCACGUGUACUUCUGACAGCCAGGGAGUUUUAUUUUUAACUUCCUUCCUUCCUUCCUCCUUUUUUUUUUUUUGUUGUUGUUCCCUUCCUUUGCUUCUUUCCUUCUUCUCUUUCUCCCCUUUUCUUUUGUUUCAUUUCCUUUCCUUUACUCCUUCUUCCCUUAUUCCUUCCAACAAGGUUUCCUCUUUGAAACAGAAAGCAAUGGGGCAACAGUGCUCAGAGCAAAAGCUAAGCUCAUCCCACUUUCAGAACGUAGCCAAGGAGUUUUUGCAGUGCUGGCACAGAGUUUGUGUUUACUGCCAAUGUAUUUUUUUUUCCCACCAAACUGUUUAGAAAGGAGUAAGACAGGUAGAAAAGCUUUGGUCUGGAAUUCUGAUCAGAAAUGUUACCCUUCUGUUUUGUGGCACCUCCAAUUUUUCUUUUGUCUUCUUUUUCUUAAAAAAACUGAAAUCAUUUCAAAGGCUUGUCACAGGCUUGCUUGCCUGAGCUCUAGGCCGGCCAGCAGCAGUCCUGGGGGCACAUCUGGUGCUCCAGGACCACUGGCACCUUUGGAAGCAAACCCACUGAUCAGGAUUCUGGAUUCUGAUUGCUUCAAAAGGUUUCCCCCAGUAUUGUGGGACACCUUUGGUUUUUUAAAGAAGGAUUUAGAUACACUUAUAUUACACAAACUGUGACCUAAUGGCAAUAAUUACCUCAAUUGUGGGCAUUCAUCCUGGUUUUAGCCUUUUUGAAAACAUGUAGCCAGCUUGAACUUCAGUUCAAAGACUCUGAACUCCCCGGGGGCAGAAUAGCGAUAAAUGCCCACCCUGGUCAUUGUUGCUUAAGCGAAUUCUGGAGACAGUGAAUCUUUAAAAAGGAAAAAAAAGAAAAGUAAAACCAAGGAAUAGAUUACUCUUUUAUGUAUUUUAAUCAAUUGUGAUGUUAAAAUGCACAUGUAAGUAUAUAUGUUUAUAGCUACUGUAAAAUGCUUUGGCCUUCUAGAAGAUACUUAAUGAGUCACAUUUUAAACCAAUAUGAACUGAAUAAUAGACUGUGGCUACUUAGGGAGUUUUCUGGCUACAUUUUAUAGUUAAUACAGUGUUUUAUAGUUUACAUUUAAACUGGUACUUUUUAAGGGAACUCUUGUGUUUAUAAGUGACACCUUUGACAACUCAGUAUAGCUGCCUCUUCUUAAUUUUGCCCAGUAAAAAUGGACAAGUGUGUCUUUAAUAUGUAUAUUCUGUUUUGAGAUAUAACAUAGUGUUGGGAAGUCAGAUCAAGUAAUCCACUGUAUUCCAAACUCUGGUUGAAAAAGCACUCCACCCACUUUGAAGAUUCAGUCCAACAGAUAAGCUAUUUGUUUGUUUGUUUGUUUGAAUGACAUAUUUUAUCAGGCUCCUUGGGUUGAAGCAGGGAGCACCGUACUAAAUUCACUGUUCUAUGUAGAAUCCUCAUCUGGAUGAAGAUACCCACUUCAGGAGAAUGAAGGAUAUUCAAAGGAAGGAUUGUAUUGUAUUGUUGAUAAAUUAUUAGCCAAACAAUUCCUGAGUUAGUGAAUGCUGACUUUUAUUUGGGGAGGGGGGGAUGUGUAUGUGUGUGCAUGUGACAGCCACUUAGAGCAAUGCUGUAAUUUGGCUUGCAUCUGUUCACCCCUUUCUUACAAAUGAUGCUCACCACCAGAAAUGUUUGAACCAGUAAACAAAAUUUGAAGUCCAAUGACCAUCUCCUUGUCAGCUCUGUUUUCUCAGCCCUUGCUGGUUUCCGUCAGCGCUGUCUGCCUGCUGCUGAUACCCUGCACUUUGCAUUUUGGUGUAUCACAUUCCCUCUGCCCUGGUGUUGCUUAGCUGUCUAGUUUUGUCUGUUGUGUUCUUUCACUUGAGUAACCAAUGAACAUGGUAUAAAUGUCUGCUGGGCAAAAUGGUACUUUGAGGUCAUGGAAGUACAGGAGUUGGCAUUUUAAAGUGUGUAUAUGUACAUGUGAAGACCAGAGCUUUAGUCACAGAGCUCAGGUACUCUUAGGAGGGCUCCCUGUGUGUGUCUGUCAUGGAUGACAGGGCUGUAUCAGUCAGCUUAGAGCAGAGGAAGCGAAAAGGAGCAACCAGUGAUGCUUUGCAGUUGGGUGCCUGUGCUGCUCCCAGUACAAUCAGUGGUGGGGGGGCCUGGGGAGUUCACUUGCCUCCUCCUCCUCCCUCAGCACCAUUCAGGCGUGCCAUGCCCCCCCCCCAUCAUCCACAUAACCAAAUCAAUAAUGUGUCAUGUGGCAAGCCAGCACUGUCAGCAGCACUCCAGCCAACUGGAAAAUGUCCACCCUUUCUCACCGUGCAGUGCCACCUAGCCAACAGGCUUUGCUGCCCUUGGCACCCGCUUGGUCUUCUCUUCUGGGGGCAGUCAGGCUCACAAAUACCAGCACACUCAAAUGAAGGAGCCACAGAGUCUUUUUGAAUACUUUGGCUUGAAGCUUGUUAGCCAAGAAGGGGUUUCCAACACUGGCGACCCAUGUCCCAUAGGAUCUAGAUGGUUACAUGUAGCACCUCUGCCCUCAGCAAGGAAACACGCUUCUACAAUGCUUCCACUCAUGUGGUUACAUACAACACUUCUGCCUUUUCUUUUUCACCUCAUUUAUCCCUAGUUUGGUUUUUUUCUUUUCUUUUCUUGGUUUUGUUUUGUUGGUUUGGGGUUUUUUUGUGUGUUUUUUUGGGGGUGGUGGGUUUUGGGUGGUUGGUUUUGUUUGUUUGUUUGUUUGUUUUUUCUCUGCAUUCUUCUCAAAAUGAAACUUCCACAGAUAUUCCAGAGCACAACCAUUUCAGGUGUGAAAAAAAGAUCUCCUCAUCCCAUGUUUCACCAACAGAGCAAUCAAGGUGUUUUGGGUACCAGAUUCGACUCGGGCAGAACCAGAAUGUAGCCUGUACCUUUCAUACCAAAUCCAAUUUCUGAAAGGAGAGGAAGUGUCAUUAAUAGCUUUAUUAAAGGAGUGCGUGAGAGAGAGAGAGAGAGAGAGAGAGGGAGUAAGACAGGGAGCAAGAGAGAGAGAAUAAAGAAGGGCAUCUCGGAAAGUGAAGAGUCUAGACUUGGGGUAGUUAAAGGCGAACCAAUAGGUGAAACAUUUGUUCUUUUAAUCAGCCACAGGAUUCUUUUAAAAACAGGAGAGGGGAGAUGGAGGGAAUGUUUUAUGCCUUUUGGCUGCCCACAAGCCCAGCAUACUCUGGAUGGAAAGUGGAAGUUAAUAUACACUGCACCAAAAUCAUUAAGAGGAAGAGAGAGGAGGAAAAAAGCUGUGAAAUGCUAUCAUCUCAGCCCAGUAACCCCACGAAAGCCCUGAGCCGUUGUGUUCCUUCACUGUACGGUUUCUGUAAUAAGAGUGUUAAUCCAUGUUAAUCUUUGUGAAAAUUAUGGUGUGCAACAGUAUUUUCUUGUGUACUGCUUUUUUCCUAUGUGGAUUGUCCCCUUCUGUUUUCUUUUAUGCUUCCUUUUUUCUUUCUUUCUUUCUUUUUUUUCCCCCCCUUUAAUUUGGUAAUAUGUCUUCUUUUAAAAGAAAAAAAAUACAAAAAACAAACUGAUGUGUUGUAGACCUAUAUGUAACCUAUUCCUUAGUCUCAUAUUAUAGGUAUGUUAUAAGAAUGGAUAUUUUACUUGGCUUUAGAAUGUUUUACAAGAAAACUAAUUCUUAACCAAUCAAGUUCUUGCUACUAAAAAAAAAAAAUGCUUGUGUUUUUCAUCAUGACGUUGUGUGCUUCUAAUUAAUAAUCAUUUUCGUUGUAGAAAAAUGGAGUGAAUUUAUAUUAGUCUUGGAAACUAAUAAUAGCAUUGUAAAUUUAUGAGAUGAUUUUAACAGAAAAUACAUUAUAGAAGAAUAUAGUUAUUUUAAUUGUAAUAUUACUAACUGUAGGGUGAGAAAGGAGGUCCCGUUGUGGUGAACUAUGUUAUAGCUUGUUAUUCACGGUUUCUUUUUGAUCAUUUUUUUUUUUUGGGUCUCUGAGGUGAAACGAGUUAUUAAUCAGAAUUUGUAAACUCACAUAUGCAUAUUGUAUAUGUGUAGAAAUGUAAUCACACUUUGUCUUGGAAUUACAUUAAACUGUUUUAAGUCACUGCAAA